UGAACCCUGCAACAACCGCAACAGCGAAUGCACAAGAAACAGUUUAUAAAUCAGCACAUCAAUCAUCGCCUGCGUACCCGAAUGCGAUCGGAGUCGGAGUAGGUGCAGCAGAGCAGACGCAGAGCGGCACAGCAAUGGCGGAGGCUCGUAACUACGACAGUAUUGUCAACAGGAAUGAGAUCACGGACGCUGCGGCUUCGGCGUUCGCCAACCCCGAGCAGAUCCCGGAGAAGUACGUCCGAACCGAGGAGGUCCUCGACGGCGUCGUCGUCGGUGAGGACGAGCGCUACGAGCUGCCGGUCGUCGACAUGGCCAGGCUCCUCGACCCGGAGCUGUCGGCGUCGGAGAUCGCCAAGCUUGGCGAUGCCUGCAGAAACUGGGGUUUCUUUCAGCUGACAAACCAUGGAGUUGACGAAGAAGUGGUACAGCGAAUGAAAGACAGUACCGUGCAGUUCUUCAGCUUGCCGCUGGAAAGCAAGGCCAAAGUGGCCGUCCGAGGAAACGGCUUCGAAGGAUUCGGGCACCACUACAGCAGAGCGUCCAGUGGUAAGCUGGACUGGGCGGAGAGCAUGAUCCUCGUCACGCAGCCAGUCCACGACAGGAACAUGGAAAUGUGGCCUACAAAUCCACCCACGUUCAGGGACGCGCUUGAGGUUUACUCUGUGGAGAUGAUCGACCUGGCAAUGAAGCUCCUGGGUUUCAUGGCGGCCGACCUCGGGGUGGAGCAGGAGGCGCUCCUGGACGCCUUCACGGGGAAGCGGCAGAGCAUGGCGAUCCACUCCUACCCGCCGUGCCGCCACCGGGAGAAGGUGAUGGGCAUCACGCCGCACACGGACGGGCUGGGACUGACGCUGCUGCUGCACGUCGACGACACGCCGGGCCUGCAGAUCCGCAAGGACGGCAGGUGGUUCCCCGUGCGCCCGCUGCCGGGCGCCUUCGUCGUCAACGUCGCCGACAUCCUGGACGUGCUCACCAACGGCGCCUACGCCAGCGUCGAGCACAGGGUGCUCCCGGACGCCGAGAGGGGCCGGACCACCGUCGUGAUAUUCCAGGAGGCGUCCGUCGGCGGCCUGGUGGCGCCGCUGCCGGGGCUCCUCCUCGAGGAGGGCGGCGCCCACGCGCGGUACAGAUCCAUCGAGAUUGAGGAGUACAUCAAGGGAAACUUCAACGCGCUGGAGCACGGGACACGGUUCAUCGAGAGCCUCAGGAUAUAGUAGAGUCGUCAUCGUCUGUGGAUUCUCGCACGCGUCAAAACAGAUGUACUAGUUGCUCCUUCAGUUCGAAAAUAAUUGCUCAACUCAUAUUUCAACGAGCCAACCAAUCUUAAAACAUAUCUGUAUCUUCUAUAUCUAUCUCUAAUAUUAUUUUUUCUUAAUACUAAAGAGGUAAAAUUUCAGCCUAA